AUGUCCAUGCAUCACUGCUUGUCUCUCCAUCCCCCAUUCCUCAGCCUGAUUGCAAACACUUCACUUGAUCCAACAAAUAAUAAUUUGGAGGAGGAGGGUGAAAUGGACAUUCCCCUGGCCCUUCAGAAGAACAUGAAUGCUGGCUUCUACUACUUCAGGAACAACACAGAAAACAACAACUGGUCAAUGGAACCUCACAAGAGAAUCAUUAACACUGCAAUCUUUACCAAGGAUGAGCCAACAGACCAGAUGGAGGUGCCAUUCAUAGCAUGCACAGCCUCUGCAGACUGGAACAUGAUGGAAUGGACCACUGUGGAUGUGGACAAUGACAUUGUUGUUGAGUGUGACAAUCAGGGCCUGCACUGUAUGUUCAUGCCUUGCAUGCAUGGCCUUCCCAUUGCCUUGCCACAUGCAAACUUGGUUCUAGAACCCUGUGUGGAGAGCCCAAACAUUGACCUGUGGUCCUCACAGGUCCACAAUCCCUUUUCACAUCAGAUGCAGCCCACUGCUUCAUCUCCUGUGAGCUUUGUGUGGGAACAUCUCUUUGUGGUGAACUUUGACAACAUACCUCUGAAUGUUUGUGCUGGAAACACAGACACUCAGCUGUCACUGCAGCAGCAUCUUGUGGGAUUUGAGUUGGAGGCUUUUCUGGAGGUGUACAAUUGGACAACCUUCCCCAUCUCAACUAUGCUGGCCAAGGUGUACUCAGACUUUCAAAUGGCAAUCAGCAAAGGGAAUAUCAUCCCUCCAAUGCAGACUGAGCAUGUUGCAAUUCUCAAUUGA